AUGGAGUCGGAGCGCGAGUGCCGGGUGCUUUCCAUCCAGAGCCAUGUCGUCCGCGGCUAUGUGGGCAACAAGGCGGCCACUUUCCCCUUGCAGGUCUUGGGAUUUGAAGUUGAUACGGUGAACUCUGUCCAGUUUUCAAACCACACAGGUUAUGCCCACUGGAAGGGUCAAGUGUUAAACUCAGAUGAACUUCAUGAACUCUAUGAAGGACUUAAGCUGAACAAGGUCAACCAGUAUGAUUAUGUACUCACAGGGUAUACAAGAGACACCUCAUUUCUUGCAAUGGUGGUGGAUAUCGUCCAGGAGUUGAAGCAACAGAAUUCUAACCUAGUGUAUGUAUGUGAUCCAGUGAUGGGUGACAAAUGGAAUGGAGAAGGCUCUAUGUACGUGCCCAAGGAUCUCCUCCCAGUCUACAGGGACAAAGUUGUACCUGUUGCUGAUAUAAUUACUCCUAACCAGUUUGAAGCUGAGUUGCUCACAGGCAGGAAGAUUCACACAGAAAAAGAAGCUUUAGAGGUAAUGGAUAUGCUCCAUGCCAUGGGACCAGAGACUGUGGUGAUCACAAGCUCAGAUCUGCAGGCUUCUCUAGGAAACGACUACCUAAUUGCUCUGGGAAGCCAAAGGAAAACUAAAGCAGAUGGUACCAGGAUAACACAAAGAAUUCGAUUGGAAUCUCCUAAAGUAGAUGCUGUCUUUGUUGGAACAGGAGACUUGUUUGCUGCUAUGCUUCUGGCAUGGACACAUAAGCACCCAAACAAUUUCAAGAUGGCAUGUGAAAAGACUGUGUCAGCCAUGCAACAUGUUCUGCAAAGGACCAUUAAGAGCGCAAAAGCACAAGCUGGAGAAGGAAACAAACCAAACUCAGCCCAGCUGGAACUGAGAAUGGUCCAAAGCAAAAAGGACAUAGAAAACCCUGAGAUCAUAGUGAAGGCCACCGUGUUAUAAAGGCUGCAUGUCUCCAAUAACGCACAAUGUAUCGAUGUCCUCAUUUCUUUCCUGUAAAUUGUAAUAUUUGCCUUAGAUCUGUGACAGAAACCUGACUUUCAUGAAAUAGUGCCCAGCAUAGGCAGAUAUCCACUCUCAAACAUAUGUGCUGGCCUUGCUCAGUUUUAAACACAAAACAGCUAGUGUGCAUUGAAGCAUAUUACCAGGUAUCAAAAUGGCUGUCAAAUUCGCUUAGUCUGUGUAAUUACCCAGGGCAAGAGAGUAUCGUGUUCCUGCCUUGCCAAAGACCUCAGAUGUGAAUUUGCUAAUGGAAUGCUUGACUGACUGGAGAAUAUAUUUCAAGGUGGCAUCUAGUGCCAAUGGAGCUCGCUCCAUGCUCCCUUUUCUUGGAGAUGCCAGGUUACCUACUCUGGUAUUCGGUAUCUCAGCUGCUAUGAAACUACGCAGGGUUAAAACUACACACAAAGUUCUGGUUGUGUGUAGGAGUACUUUGAAGAUGUUUGGUGUUUAAGUACUCUGAAGUGACCUUGAGGUGUCAUUCAUGUUACUUAUAACUGCUCCUGUUUCCUUGUCUAUGAACAGCUGCACAGUUUCAGUUUUUGCAGGUACUGGCUGCUCUUUUCUAACCUCUCUAGGUGCCCAUAUGAUUUUCUUCCAAAACUGCUCCAUAAACAUCUUCAUUAAUAAGAUAAUCUUCUUUAUGCAGUAGCACUGAUUAGAAGUUUGUAGUUCUACCUCCAAGGCCAGUUUGA